AUGGCAGCCGCAGCGGCCGAAGAAUUUUCGGUAAAUGCAAAUGAUGCAAUCCGUGUAUCCAUAGUCCAGCCCGGUCCGAACUAUCAGAUCAUCAAACGACAUGAGUUCCAUCCCAAGUUCACCUAUCCUGUUGUCGGCGAGGCGGAGACCAUCUUUGGUUACAAAGGUCUGGAUAUUGAGAUACAAUUCGCAGCGCAUGACAUGCGCCCCCGUCUCAAAAUUCGGUACGAGGAUCAGUUCAAGACCAUCGGCACAACGAGCGCUUUAGAUCUGAACAAGACAUUUGGCACCUUCCUUCCCCCAGUCGCCUUCGAGGACGGGUUCGAAGCAGAUUUGCAGAGAGCCGCCAGAGAAUGGACGCCGCCGGGUGUCUGCGUGAAGAAAUAUGCCCGAGACGGAGAAAAUUAUGAGGUCUGGGCGGGCUCACUUCUCGAUGUGCCGAUGCGGACUUUGGUCGACAACAUCCAGAUCCUGAUUGUUUUCUUCAUCGAAGGUGGCCAGUUCAUCAACCUGGAAGAUGUGGACUGGACCUUGGACAGAUGGAGAGUCUAUCUCGUGUAUCACAAGUCAUCCGAGCCUCCGACUCCCACUGCUUGUCCCUACUCGUUUGUCGGCUACGCCACAACGUACCGCUUCUACAAGUUUCCCAAGCGCGGCCCCCAGCCAGAAAAUCUGACCCCUUUCUCAUUCCCGCCGUCAGAAGAGAUCACGCCCACGAAAUUGCCCUCACGCCUACGGAUAUCGCAGUUCUUGAUUACCCCCCCAUAUCAACAACAUGGUCAUGGCUCCGCGCUUUACCAAGCCAUCUAUGACGAGGUCCUUGCUGAUCCUACGAUAGUCGAGAUGACAGUUGAGGACCCAAGCGAGGAGUUUGACAAGCUGCGAGAUCUGAACGAUUUUGAUCGACUCGAACCCCAGUUUAGGGCUGCAGAUAUCAAAAUCAACUCAUCGCCAUUCGCCUCGGUGGAGCGGAGCCGCCUUAAGAGGGUGCCGACCGCGUCUCUACUUCCGCUAGACAAACUCGAGGCUAUACGAGUCAAAAACAAAAUCGCCUCUCGUCAAUUCUCCCGUAUGGUCGAGAUGUAUCUUCUUGGCCAGAUCCCGCUUUCGCACCGUGCUGCUGGUGGUGCAUCCCUAACCAGCCUCAAGAUCCGAGGACCUAGAGCCCCCAACGCCGAUGACAGAAAUUAUUACUGGUGGCGAACGCUGCUCAAGCAACGCAUCAUCAAGAAGAACAAGGACUUGCUCCAACAAGUACCUUUGGAAGAGCGCCUGCCGCAGAUCGAGGAUAGUGCCCGAGCACAAGAAGACGAGUAUGAAGGUCUUCUGUUGUCCUAUGCACUGCGAAGAGAGAAGAAGGCAGAGCGAGCAGAGCAGGCAGAAGAGCCACAGGCUAAUGGAAAGUCUGUCCAGGCUGCUUUCCGCAAGAGGAAGGUUGUCGAGUCUGACGAGGACGACGACGACGAGUCGCCGGAUGGAACAAGAGUCGCGCCGAAAAAGGCGCGAGCAGCUUGA